AAAAAAAUGGCGACUUAUGGGGCAGGGAGCUUGUGAGUGCAACUGGACAGAGUGUCAGUGCCCCAAACCAGCGGAAGGUGCCGCCGAUUGGUCUGCAAGGGACCCUUAUCGAUUAGAGGGAAGCGCGACUUUCGGCAGUGAAGUGGAAACGUGUGUGUGAGAGGGGGAGAGAGAGAGAGAGAGAGUGUGGGUGAAGUGAAACUUUCAGCAAGUUAAGUGGUCAGCAAAGACGUUAAGACACAUCGAGUUAACCCAAUUGCGCAGCAGGAGGAGCUGAUGGAGAAAGGCACAUUGGAACCACAACGGAGAGAUGUUGGUGCCAUCUCCAAAUGCAUCCAGAAGAUUUCUAAUAAGUCUCUACAAAAUGGAACAGUGCAUACAGAACAGCCUUGUGCAUUUACAGAGGGGCAGUAUGUCUUAUCCAGAUGGACAGAUGGGUUGGUCUACCUGGGAAAAAUCAAGAAGGUGAACAAGCAUAAACGUAAUUGUCUUUUAGUCUUUGAAGAUAAUUCCGAAUUUUGGAUUCUUUGGAAAGAUAUACAACAUGCUGGUGUUCCUGGAGAAGAGCCGAGGUGUAACAUCUGCUCGGAGACAACGUCUACAGCACCUAAUGAAAUUUUGAUUUGUGGCAAGUGCGGACUAGGUUACCAUCAGCAAUGCCAUAAUCCCAAAGUAGAUAGCACAACAAAUGUAUCCACUUCACCAUGGUUUUGUCGGCAGUGUAUAUUUGCUUUGGCUGUCAGGAAAGGAGGUGCUUUGAAAAAGGGACCACUUGCUAAAGCUUUGCAGAUCGUCAAACGAGUUUUGCCCUACAACAUGGAUGAACUUAACUGGGAUUCUCUGCACAGAACUAACCUACAGCAGUGUUACUGUUACUGUGGAGGACCUGGCGAGUGGUACCUGAAGAUGCUUCAGUGCUGCAGAUGUAAGCAGUGGUUUCACGAAGCCUGCACCCAGUGUCUGAGCGAGGCCAUGAUGUUUGGAGACAGAUUUUAUUUGUUUGUCUGCUCAGUGUGCAAUAAAGGACCCGAAUAUAUCAAACGCCUACCCCUCAGAUGGGUGGAUGUCGUGCAUCUCGUUUUAUACAAUUUAGGGGUCUGUGGGAAAAAGAAAUACUUUGAUUUUGAAGAGGAAAUAUUAAUAUUUAUUAAUCAAAACUGGCUGAGCCUCCAGCUCGGAAAGCUGACAGAAACGACAGUGUUUGAACGAAAGCAGCAUCUCCUCGAUGCUUUAAACCGCUAUAAAAGCCGGUUUAUCUGUGGUAAAGAAAUUAAAAAGAAAAAAUGUAUUUUUCGUCUCCGUACUCGAGUACCCCCAGUUCCUCCGAAUAUUGUUUUGCCAGAGAAUAUUGGUCAGUUGACUGAUAAUGCUUCUAACGAGAUUAAGAGGAGAGGAAAAAACAUGUUAGUGUUUGCGCCUAAGUAUGGUCCCCUGCCAGAAGUACCUCAACCUCGCAGGCGGAGACUUCCGUUGAAAUGGGGGCUGAAGAGCAGGAAAUCAAACUGGUUUCUGCAGGAUGCAGUUCCAGAGAGUGACUUCUCGACUGCUGAGAACACCAGCUACUAUUUGGCCAACAUUUUUGACUGUACUGUGGAUGACAUUCAGAGUUUGAAAAGUGAUCGUUCCGAGGGGACCUUUAACUCUGACCUAGACUCGACAGAUGCAGCAAGUACAUCUGGCUCUGCCUCAACCAGCUUGUCCUGUGACUCUCUAAAGACAGUGGGGAGUCGUAAGAGGAAGGCACCGAUAGAGUGUUCACUGGACGGCAGAAACAAACAGAAAGAGGGCAUCAAUCCAGCGAAUGAAGUGGAUCAGACUGAGCAACACAUGGAUAAUAAUUACAUCAACGGCCACACCUUUGAUAGUAUGAGUGAUGAUGAAACCUCCCUGUCCCAUCUUAAAUCCUCGAUCACUAAUUAUUUUGGUGCUGCAGGAAGGCUGGCGUGUGGCGAAAAAUUCCAGGUGCUUGCUCGAAGGGUGACUCUGGAUGGGAAUGUGCAGUACCUGGUAGAAUGGGAAGGUGCUACUCCCUAUUGAAUCACAGCCGAGGAAUUCCCUUUUAGCGACCAGUGGAUCAAGGUGAAAAAGAGCCUGGAUUGGGCAAGGCUCCAAACCGUUUUCGGUAGUUGUUAAAAUAUCAAAGUAAACUACGUUGGAGCUUUCUUAUUAGCAAACAUUCAGUCCAAGACUUGGAAGUCCUCGUCAGCCACCUGCUGUGCCAAUAUAAUAUUUUUAAGAAUGGUGCAGGAGAGGUUUUCUGCUGCUAGCGGUAUCUUGUACAUAGCAAACAUCUGACCGAAGAGAAUUUGCAGAACUUUCUAGAUAUCCGGUGGCAAUGAGCGAGUGCUGCACUAGCUUUACCCGGCUGUGCAGAUGACUUGGUGUCAAAACAAUAUCAAUGGAAUGAUCUUUCCUCAUUGCAUCGGAAAAGUGGAGAUUAUGUAGAUGUUCAGUCUUGAUCAUAUUGAAUGUCGGAGCAGGGGCUGUUUAUUCCACUGCCCCUCCUAAUUCUUAAAUUCUUAUGUUUAUUUUGGAUUGCUUUGCUGAUGUUGAUGUCAGUGGCCAAUGAGUUGGUUUGUGGCCCUGAAAAUCUUAUUUAAAUCAAGAUUUAAAGGAAAUUUUACGCUUUGGGAAGGAAGAUAUGGAGUUCACUUGUAAGUGACUUGAGGAGCAAGAUCGAGAUGUGAAAGUUUUGAUUUGAUCCGAUCAGUCAGUAACCAGACUUGAAGGCUCUGACUGUCAAAGUUGACCACUGUUGAUACAGUAUCAUGAGCAGGAGUACGAGAGGUGAACUGUAACCAAUGAAUUAUGCUUAGUACUGUACCAAGCCUCCACCCUUGCAAUGAAUCCUACAGUCAGUGGCCCUAUGCCCUCCCCAAGUGCUUGACCAACUAUUUUUUUCUUCAUUCUUUCAUGAGACAUAGGUGUCACUGGCAUCGCCAGCAUUUGUUACCCAUCCCUAAUUGCCCUUGAACUGUAUGGCUCGCUAGGCCAUUUGAGGGAACAGUUAAGAGUCAACCACACUGCUGUGGGUCUGGAGUCACGUGUUGGCCAGACCACAUCGUUGAAAACCAGGUGCAUUUUUAUGACAAUCUAUGAUGGUUGUCAUGAGACUAGCUUUGUAAUUCCAGAUUUUAUUAACUGAAUUUAAAUUCCACCAGUUGCCAUGGUGGGAUUUGAACCCACGUUCCCCAGGACACUAAUCUGGGCCUCUGGAUUACUAGUCCAGUGACAUUACCACUAAGUCGUCAUUUCGCCCCCAAUUCUGACAUUAGAAAAAUCUGACAUGACAAUCCUGAUAUGAAUGUUGCCUGCACAAUGUGAUUUACAUAACCAUUCGAAGUUCUACAGUAUUACAUUAACAUUGUACAUUUGUAAGCAAACACAGUGUGUGAUUACCCUUCUCUUGUAAUGAAACAUGUACUCUUCAUUAUGCAGUCAGUAUUCUUUUCUGUAUUAUCCAGCUAUGCAAAAACAAUUGGCAAUAAAUUCUUGGGUUAAGUU